CGCGAGGGCUGCGCGAAUCGGACGGUGAUGGCUUCGUGGUCGCUGACGCAGCGAGGCCUUUCGCGAGGACUGCGCUUAUCGGCAUCUAUGCAUGCCAGCUAUGGGCGGAGGAUGACUUCCUCUUUGCCUGAACACUUGAGGAAGGCUCUGGCUUACUCUGCAAUGUAUCCAGAUCUGCUGCCGGAACCCGAUCUUACGAGACGGAACUACGUGCGCGAGAUGCUCGAACGUCAAGAUAUGCUCUCGAGGCGGCGUGCCAUAGAUAUACCCGAAUUCUACGUUGGAUCCUACAUGUCGAUUACCGUGUCAGAUCAGAAUGCGCCCGGGAAGAAGAACACCUUCGUUGGAAUCUGUAUAUACAGAAGGAACCAUGGUCUGCGGCAUCAGAUGGCCUUGAGAAACAUCGUUGAAAAUGAGGGGAUCGAAAUGCUCUACGAUUUAUACUCGCCGAUCAUUCUGGAAAUUAAGGUCCUGCGACUCCAGAAACGGCUCGAUGACGAUCUCCGGUACCUUCGCGAUGCUCUGCCAGAAUAUUCCACGGUACCUUGGGACAUGGAACCAGAACCACAUCGAGAGCAGGGCUCAGUACCGGUCGAUGAGACCAGAGUCAUCAUGAAACCUAGGCCGUGGACUCAAAGAUGGGAGAGGAAAGAACUUAAAGGCGUGAAAGAAUGGGGACUUGAAGACCGAUUCUUCAAGAGAGCGGUGGAAGUUUCGAAACCCUGGGAAAAAUAUGACUUGAUGAAGGAGUAUCGCUGCAUGGUUCCUCUGGAGGAUCAGUACGUCGUUUGGAAAGAAGUUGAAGAGCACAGGAAAACGAUCGAAGAAGAACACAAACGAAGCCGCCGAAGGAAACUCUUGGACGCGUAGCGCGGCACGGCACCGGUCUUGCUGACAUGGGUCAUAGUCUUCGAAUAAACACCGAUCGAAUCAAAUGA